AUGACGACAGGCGAAAAGCCCGACGUCUUUCGCCUCCGCUCGGAGCUGCUCCCGCUCCUAGGCUUGUCGCUACAGCUUAUCAUCAGCAACUUGGCGCGGCUAGCCAUCCUAAUCAUCGACAACGCGUUCCUCGGACACAUUGGCACAAACGAGCUCGCGGGCUCGGCGCUCGCGACGCUCUGGGUCGAGCUUCCGCUCUGCACCGUCUGGGGCAUGGCCGCGGCUCUGAUUCCGGUAUGA